AUGGAUAGGCAAUCUAUUCAACAGAGAGCGGCGAGACAGGGUAGGAAGCGCAAGGUUGCCAGCGAUAUUGAAAACAAUGUGUUGCAAUGGCUGUCUGGCACAAGAUCUCCAUCCUCCGCAUCCACACCCACCCAGCCAUCUACACCCUCGCCUGUCGGCGCCACACCCGCCACAACAGCCACUGUCUCUCAAUCCUCCACUCCUACUCCGUCAUCCCCUGCCACUUCCACGACUACUUCCACGACUACCUCAACUACCACAACUACCACUACCACUUCCACUACCACUACUACCGACACUGCCAAUGCAACUUCCACUUCCAUCUCCGAUGACUCAUUGGCUCAACAUAACAUUGAGGAGCAACAGCAAGUGGAGGAGGAGCAGCAGCCACGAGAACAAGAACAAGAGCAACAACAAACGAUUGAACUUGGAGUAGGUGGAGAUGACACAAGUCCUGGUAUAAUAUUGUCAGAGCAAUUGGAUGAGCGAAAUGGUGGUGAUAACGCAGACAAAGAUGGUCAAGAUAAUGAUGUGAUAAUGACAACCUGCACGCCAGGCCAAGAACAAGUCCAAUAUCAAGUACAAGUCCAAGUCCUAGACCAAUCACAACAACAACAACAAGAUCAAGAUAUUACACAACAACCUAUUAUAUUGCAAGAUCCGAAUGAACCAGAGGCGGAUAUGACUCUGCCGCCUCAAGAACAACAAGUGAUCACACAUCCACCCCCAGAGGUGACAUCGGACACCAUCCAGCACAAAGAGCACGAGCACGAGCACGAGCACGAGCACCAGCACAAACGCCAACACAACAAACGCCAACACAAACACAAUCACACCAAGACAACCAAGGAGGAAGAAGGCUAG